AUGUCCUCGUCAGUAUUUGAAGUCACUAAAGUGACCCCUCAUUAUUGGCGGGCAGCAAUUAACCAACCGCCUUUCAAUCUGGCAGGGCCCGACUUCUUUAUAGGCCUGUGGAAUCUCCUACAAGAAGCUGAAGCUGAAUCAGGUCUUAAGAUUCUGGUUUUCGAGAGCGCAAUACCCGACUUCUUUAUCUCCCACUAUGACCUCCAACAGGCUUCAUCAAUUUCACCUGAUCUGCUGGCUAAAUGGCCAUUGAUGAUGCUAAAGCUCGCUACAAUCCCGGUAAUCACCGUUGCUGCGAUCCGCGGUAGGGCCAGAGGUAUUGGCUCAGAAUUUGUGUUAGCCUGCGAUAUCCGGUUUGGCAGCAAGGAGAAAACGAUACUAUCACAGGCCGAGGUCAGUUUUGGGCUCAUCCCUGGCGGUGGUGGCAUUGAAUUGCUCCCAAAGCACGUGUCGCGCAGUCGGAUGCUUGAGAUCAUCUGUGGCAGUGACGAAUUCGAUGCUACAACCGCCGCAGACUAUGGCUGGAUCAAUCGGGCUGUGCCAGACGCUGAUUUGGACGGCUUUGUCGAUCAGUUUGCGCACCGCGUCGCUGGGUGGCACAAACCAGCGCUGGCGUCAGCAAAGGAGCUCACCAACGAACGCUUCGGCCUUCCUAAGACAGAAGAUUUUAAUGCAUCCUACCAUGCUAUGGCGCAACUUUUAGCGGAUGCUGAGGUGCUGAAGCGGAUGCAGAUGUUGAUAGAAGGGGGUUUGAUAAAGAAUAGGGAUGUGGAGCUCGAUAUCGCGAGCUUUACAGCACAGUUCCCAAUGCAUUAA